AUGGUGUUGAUAUUGGGUCCAGAUAAUCCUCCAAUUGUUAUUGACAAUGGUACUGGUUUAUUGAAAGUUGGUUAUGCUGGUGAAAUGGAACCUCGUGCUGUUGUUCCCAUGAUAUUAGGUCGACCAAAGCAUAUGAAAUUGAUUACUGAACAAAAUUUAGAUGAAUGCUUUAUAGGUGAUAUUGCUGGAGGAAAAAGAGGUGCAUUAACUUUAUCCUAUCCGAUUAUAAAUGGUGUUGUACAAAAUUGGGAUGAUUUAGAAACAAUAUGGCAACAUGUUUUCACCAAUGAAUUACGUAUAAAUCCUGAAAAUCAUCCUAUGCUAAUGACUGAAACACCUUUGAAUCCAAAAGUGAAUCGUGAAAAAAUGGCUGAAAUUAUGUUUGAACAAUUUCAUGCUCCAGCGGUGUAUAUUUCAAUUCAAGCUGUUCUAUCACUUUAUGCUUCUGGUCGUACAACUGGUUUAGUAUUAGACUGUGGUGAAGGUGUUACACAUUUAGUUCCUGUAUUCGAUGCUUAUGUUAUUCCAAAUGCUAUACAUCGAAGAAAUCUUGCUGGACGUGAAGUGACCAAUUAUCUGAAACAUUUACUCACUGAAAGAGGCUAUAAAUUUGUUACAACAUGUGAGCAUGAAAUAGCUCGUGAUGUAAAAGAGAAUUGUUGUUAUGUUGCUAUGGAUUAUGAGAAAGAAUUACAACUUAGUCAUCAAGAUAAACUAUCAUGUGAAAUGAUAUAUCGACUACCUGAUGGUCAAGUAUUAAACAUUGGUAAUGAAAGAUUUCGUGCACCUGAGGUAAUGUUCGAUCCAAAGUUAGCCGGUUAUGAGAUGAAUGGUAUACAUACUGCUACAAGUCAAACUAUAUCUCUGUGUGGAAUGGAUGUUCGUAAGAGCUUUUGGUCAAAUGUUAUUCUCACUGGUGGUGGUACAAUGUUUCGUGGUUUUCCUGAACGUCUUCGUAAAGAAUUGCAUCGUUUAGCACCAAAAGGUGUGACAGUUAAAGUGAUGGCAUCUCCUGAACGUAAAUACUCUGUCUGGAUUGGUGGCGCUGUAUUAGCAUCAUUAAGUACAUUCAAUGAUAUGUGGGUCACCAGAGAGGAAUAUGAAGAAUUCGGUUCAGAAAUCGUACAUCAAAAAUGUGUUUAA